UUGCAGCAGCAUAUCAACUCUCACCUGAUGAGAGAGACUUUCCCUUUGUCCUUUGUGCGGCCCGGGGCGGGCGGCCAACUCCUCAUGUGAGUGCACGUUAAGAAUAAGAGUGAAUGAAAGGAUGGAUGAUGCUAAAGAGGCACAUUAAGUCAUAUCAGGCAGGAAAGACGAAGGGAAAAAAUGAGGAAAUUGCAGGAAGACAAAAGCGGAUUCAGGGUUUUUUUGUGUGAAGGGACUGGAGAGGUAAAGGAGGAGGAGGUGGUGGUGGGGGAAGAAAAAGGUGGGAGGUCUGACAAAGAGGAGCUGACCAGGUGAACGGAGUCUCAGUCGGCGCUGGUCAUGACCGCAGCUCCAUGUCGAUAGCCACAAGAAGGCAGUGAGGAGCCGUCAAGGGACACAGGAUGGUGACGUGUUGGAAACGAUCAGAAAACCGCCUGGAGGAAACUCAGUGCACGGAUGGGGCUCCGCCUGCAGCCCUUCAGUCCCAUUUCCCACAUAAGGCAUUCUGGGUCAGCCUCUCAGCCUCUCUGCUCUUGCUCGUCAUCACCCUCGGUGUGACGGGGCACCUCGGGCUGUCGCAACCCCACUCUCAGCCUUCACAGAUCGUGAGGGUCUCGGUUCAAGAUCAGACUGGAGUGGUGAUCAAUCAGUCGGCGGUGGUGGACCAGCAGAAUGACCUGGUGACCUUUUCGGUGACCUCGCCGGCAAAUCAGACGUCCACCGUGCUGUUCGAUGUCAAACACGGUUUGAUAUGUUACAAACCAGUGGACCAGGACACCUGCUUCCUGCAAAAGAUGGAGGAGUCUGAUUAUGACAACGUGCACUCCCUCCUUCAUGAGCAAACACACCAGCUUUUUUAUCCCCUGAGCCAGGAUCUGCUGGGGUUCAUAUGUUUUGCAUCACUUCCCACUCUGUACAAAAGAGAAAGGUGAGGCAUACAGG